AUGGAUAACUUGGCUAGCUUUCUCAAAACUGCCAAAUGGAAAACGAUCGAGGAGACUCAGAAUACUCUCAUCUGUGUUGAUGAUGGCCUAGAGCAGGAGUUAGCGAAGGCUUCUAUCGAUUUACCUGAUCGUCAACGAUAUGGGUUUCAAGUGUGGCAGCUAUUGGAGGAAACGAAGUUCAUCGAAAAGGAUGGAAUUGGAAAAGAAGGAUACAUCAUACCAGUGAAAAUCAUUUCCGGCCAACCUCGCUUAAUGUCUGAGCCUUCUCUGCCUCUGCUUGUCCUUAAUACGCCCAUCUUUUUCAGCCGCGAACCCCUCAUCUCACCAGCCUUAUAUCUUAUUCUCGCACUUCCACGGCCUAUAUAA